ACCAACUCUGAAAUCUCAGAAAAGCUGCUUCAGUCUGCGAGGAGUGGAGCAAUCAGACAGUAGCAUGCGAAAUGGCCGAUGUGGUGGAGAACAGCACUGACAAGGGCUCGAGCUGCCAGGCUGGGAAACAUAGCUGGACCGUUGAGGGGCUGACGGAAGGGUCAUCCGAUGGGACGGUGACGUUCGACGAUGCUGGCUUCUCCACCAUCCUGCAGGGCGGCCUGGAUGACCUCCGGCUGGAUAGCUCCCUCACUGAUGUCGUCCUGUGUGUGGAUAAAAGAGAAUUUUCCUGCCACCGGGUUGUCCUGGCAGCUGCCAGCAGUUACUUCAGGGCGAUGUUUUGCAAUGAUCUUAAAGAAAAGCAUGAAGAAAAGAUCGUGAUUAAGGGGGUCGAUGCGGAUACCAUGCAGAUGUUACUGGAGUACACUUACACCAGCAAAGUCUCUAUCACCAGACAGAAUGUCCAGGCGACCUUGGAAGCUGCCAGUCUCUUUCAGUUCCUGCGGAUGGUGGAUGCCUGUGCCAGCUUCCUGAUGGAUGCAGUGCACCCGGACAACUGCGUGGGAAUCCUCCGGCUCGCCGACACUCACUCCCUGGACAGCCUGCGGAGACGCGUUCAGAGCUACAUCAUUCAGAACUUCCCUCAGGUACUGACUCACGAGGAGUUCUUGGAACUGCCAGCGGAGAUUCUCUCGGAUAUCUUGAGGAGCGACGAGCUGUACGUGACGGAUGAGGAGCAAGUGUUUGAGACAGUGAUGCGCUGGGUGCGCUAUCGGGAGUCUGAGAGGUGUCAUCAGCUCCCCCAAGUCCUCAGGCAUGUACGUCUCCCCCUGCUGGACCCCUGGUACUUUGUGGAGCAAGUGGAGGGCGAUGAACUUAUUCGUCAAAACCCUGAUGUCUUCUAUCUGUUGCAAGAAGCUAGGAUGUACCACCUGUCAGGCAAUGAGAUUAUCUCAGAGAGGACGAAACCCAGAAUGCAGGAAUUCCAGUCAGAGGUCUUCAUGAUAAUCGGUGGCUGCACCAAGGAUGAGAAGUUUGUGUCGGAGGUGACCUGUUUAGACCCACUCCGACGAAGCCGCCUGGAGGUAGCCAAGCUGCCCAUUACAGAGCUGGAGAUAGAGAGUGACAACAAGAAGUGGGUGGAGUUUGCCUGUAUCACAUUUCGGAAUGAAGUCUACAUCUCAGGUGGUAAAGAGACACAGCAUGAAGUGUGGAAGUACAACGCCUCCUUAAAUAAAUGGAUUCAGGUUGAAUAUUUAAACACUGGAAGGUGGCGGCACAAGAUGGCAGUUCUGAGUGGCAAAGUGUAUGCAAUGGGAGGUUUUGAUGGCAUUUCACGCCUCAACAGUGUGGAAGCAUACGACCCCUUUCACAACUGCUGGUCAGAGGUAGUUCCACUCCUUGUAAAUGUGAGCUCAUUUGCAGCCACCACCUAUAAGAAGAAACUCUAUGUGAUUGGAGGAGGACCUAAUGGGAAGUUGGCCACUGACAGAACCCAAUGCUAUGACCCGACAGUAAAUAAAUGGAGCCUCAAGUCACCGAUGCCUGUUGAAGCCAAAUGCAUCAAUGCUGUUACAUUCAAUGAUCACAUUUAUGUUGUAGGUGGCGCAAUGAAGGCUCUCUACUGCUACGACCCUGUGGAUGACCUGUGGAGCCUGGUCACCCAGUUUGGCCAUGAACGUGCCAGCUGUGGGAUCGCGGCGUGCAACAACAAGCUCUUCAUUACCGGAGGGCGUGACGAGAAGAAUGAGGUGAUUGCCACUGUGCUGUGCUGGGACACAGAGAAGCAGAAGCUGACGGAGGAGUGUGUCUUGCCCCGUGGGGUCUCACACCAUGGCAGUGUCACUGUUCGGAAGUCCUACACACACAUUCGCCGCAUCGUUCCUGGAGCCGUCUCCGUAUGACAGCAGGAAACCUACUCAAUUUUUGACUCAAGGAUUUCCAAAAAUCCACACUGUCCUGAAUUUCUACCCCACCAUUUGGAUGCAUUCUAAGAACCAAUUUCCUGUCCUGAUGGUCCAUUCUCUUUGGAUGUUACUGGGGAAAUGACCACCAUUUUUGCAAUGGAACUCUGUGGGACAAACACUGUCUUGUCAAAAUAUUUGGGAAUUUGAAAAGAUUCUUUGCAGAUUUUUGGUUUGGAAAGCAGCUACACACUAGAUCUAGAAAAUGCACAUUGGAUAAACAAUAUGAUGUAAUGGAAACACUUUGGAAACAGGGAUGUAGAGUCAAUAUGUGAGGAGCAGAGAGAUAUUGAGAAGGUCAACACUGACUAAAAGAGAUAAAGUAUGGGGAUAGGUUGGAUAGACUAAGCUGGUAGGCAAGGUAUUAAGGAACCAAGCUGAGGAAAUAAUUAGACUAAAAGGUACGGAUCAAAUAUAAUGUGACGCUAAGUAGAGUGAAGCUAUUAAGAGUGGAAAAGGGAAAGUACAGACUCAGCAGCUCCUCUAGAGCAUCUGGUGAUGGCCCUGCUGAGUUAUUUUGGAAUGUGUCAGGGACCUAUACGGCAUGAUUUUAGGCUGAUUGCCCACAAAUAACACUGGAUUUAACGCUAUUUAAAUAAGCAGGUGUAAAACUUGAUGAUGAACGGAUUAGCCAUGUGUUAGCUACUAUAACACCCUGUAACAUGUUAGAUAUCUCAGUGACAUGUUCCCUCUGGCUCCAUUUGCCAAACUUUUGUUUUUAAAUUUUUGAUUAAUUGGACUUCAGAUCCUUUUAAAUAACACAUUACCAAUGUGGUUCCAAGUGAAUUUGAGUUCUGACUUACUUGUGCACCGCAGGCUCUGUUCUUGUAGACCCCAGCUGGAGAUUAUCGCACAGGUUAUGCUUUGUGGGGUUGAGUCUGGGUGCAUAGGUUGAAGUCGUAUCUUUUCUUUAGAUUCUUGCUCAGCCUCAGCCCUGGUCUAACAGCAACAGCCAUUUCCACUGCUUGUGCCCGCUUGUCCCGAUUCGUGGCACUUGAUGCCCAAAGUGACCCCCAUGCUGUUGGUCCUCUUCAUCGGUCCAUUGCAGCCCAACCAUGGGGAAAAAGGAUGAGAGGCUGGGAGAAGGAAGGAGGGAGACAUGAUAAGCUUCCUCAGAGAACCACUUCAGCUGGGCUGAAGUUUAGAUUUUAAAAACCGUGGGCAUGGAAUAGAAUUAAAAUUAAAGCGUGCAAGCAUCUCAAGAGAUAUAAAACAUUAUAUUUUAAUGAAGUUGCAAAGGCAAUCUAACUGGGCUGGUAAACGAGCAGUUACCAGAGAAGAAUUAGGGGUUCAUCUGGAAAGUUCCGGGAGAGAUCAACGUUUGUGAAAAUUUUUAAAAGGUUUUGCAAAGUAUUCAUGGUGUUUAAAAGUAUUUCAAAGUUUGUAAAAGUUUUAAAAAGUGCUCAAAGUUU